GCAGCUGCAAGUUCUACUACCUGCUUGGGGCUGAGGUGGCAGACGGUGAGUGAGCGCGGGCGCUGGAGGCACAGUGGGAGCGGGACAGGAUAAUGAUGAAUGGAGCAGCCGGACUUGGACACUUUGACCGUCGCGAGCGAGUUCUCAAACUAGGCGAGAGUUUUGAGAAGCACCCGCGCUGCGCCUUCCAUACGGUGCGCUAUGACUUCAAACCUGCUUCUAUUGACACUUCCCGUGAAGGAGACCUUGAGGUCGGCCAAGGCGAACAGGUGACAAUAACUCUGCCAAAUAUAGAAGGCUCAACUCCACCAGUAACUGUUUUCAAAGGUUCAAAGAAACCUUACUUAAAAGAAUGCAUUUUGAUUAUUAACCAUGAUACUGGAGAAUGUCGACUAGAAAAACUCAGCAGCAACAUCACUGUAAAAAAAACAAGAGUUGAAGGAAGCAGUAAAAUUCAGUAUCGCAUGGAGCAGCAUCAGCAACAAAUGCGGAAUUCAACUAGGACUCCCACUCUUACAAAACAUUCCCCACCUGAGGAUCUACCUGAAGAUCCGCCUGAAGAUCCACCUGAGGAUGAGGUAUCCCCAGCAUCUUCAGUGGACGAUAUUGAAAAGGAGCUGAAAGCAGAAGCUAGUCUAGUAGACCAGAUGAGUAGUUGUGAGAGUUCAUCUGAUUCCAAAAGCUCAUCAUCUUCCAGCAGUGAGGAUAGCUCCAGUGACUCCGAAGAUGAAGAGUGCAAAUCCUCUUCGUCUGAACCAGCGAGUUAUGUCUCCAAACAUCCUGCCAUGUCCAUUGUACCACAGUACAGAAUGCAAGAAGUGGAUGUGGACCAUAACAGAUUACCCGACAGCAGUGGCCUUCUGAUGAAUACCUUACGAAAUGAUUUGCAGCUAAGUGAAUCAGGAAGUGACAGUGAUGACUGAAGAACUAUGUAGCCGUAAUAUUUAAAGUUUAUAUGCCUCUGAUUUUUUAUACUGAGAAUAAGAAUUCCUGAGCCCAAGGAAAAUGUCUUUGCUUUUGAUAAAAGAAAU